AUGGGUCAUUUUGGAAAACAUUGCUUGUCGAAGCAACGACAACAAACACGCCCAUCACGGCCCAAUCAACAACAGCAAAAUAAUCGAAAGGAAAUUCGUGGUCUGUCAGAACACCAGCAAAGCGACACUGAUGAAGAAUUUAUUUACACUAUCAUGGCAUCAACGAAAACACCACAAACAACGAUCAACAUUGCAAACGUACCUGUCCCAAUAAUAAUUGACACAGGAUCGUCUGUGAACAUUCUCAAUUAUGAACACUUCAAGAAAAUCAAUCAGCAAACCUCUGGUAUUCAGCUGCAGCCAACCACAACAAAGGUAUUCGCUUAUGGAGCAAAACAACCACUCCAUCUCCUUGGGCAAUUUACUGCAGACACCCAAUACCAUUCCAAAACAACAACCAGCAUCUUUCUGGUAACGAAAGAUAACAACACCUGUCUAUUGAGUUAUAACACUUCCACUGUUCUUGGACUACUCAAUAUCAACAUCAACUCCAUUUCCACCGACCAUCCAGAUCCUAGAAUUGCACAGAUCCUGCAAAAGCAUCACAAAGUGUUCCAAGGGAUGGGAAACCUUAAGAAUUGCGAAGUCAAGUUAGAAAUCGACCCAACUGUUCCCCCCGUCGCUCAGAACAGUCGACGACUGCCUCGCAGCAUGCGAAAGAAUGUGAAUGAGAAACUUCACAAGAUGGAAGAGCAAGGUAUUAUUGAAAAGGUGAAAGGAGUGACUCCAUGGCUAUCACCACUAAUACCCAUACCAAAGAAAGGCGGAAACCUUCGACUUGUUCUUGACAUGAGAGUCCCUAAUCAAGCCCUCAAACGACGCCGAGUGCAAUUCCCCACCGUAGACGACAUCUUACACAAAAUGGAGGGUGCAACAAUUUUCACAGAAGUAGAUCUUUCUCAAGGCUACUUGAGAAAGAAAAUAUCAUUGGUUGAAGAAUCACGCCGCAUGACUGCAUUCCAAACACCAGACGAUGGACCAUACCAGUUCAAACAUCUCAUCAUGGGUGCUAGUCCGUCCUGA